CGCAAGGGGAAGUGAAGUGUUCACCGCAGCACGGCCCGCCGGCCUUCGAUGGGCUGGACGUGCAUCGCCGUGACGGCCCCAUCGGCGGAACAGGCCCUCGCAAUCAAGGAGGAGCUGCUGCGCGCCAAGCUGGUGCCCCCCGCUACGCUGGUGCUCGCAGUGCCCGACCCCACCGACGAGCCCUUUGGCUCGGGCUCCGCCACGCUCAACGCCAUCCUCCACGUGGCGGAGGCGCUCUCGGCGCGCGCCGGCUUCUCCACCAUCAACUCGGAGGCGUCCACCGCGCAGCAGCGCACCCUCGUGCUGCACGUGGGCAGCGCCUCGCGCGGGCGCUGCUCGGCGCACCCGUGCCUGCCCAAGGCCUUCUGCUCGCUGCCCGUGCGCGGCUCCUUCGACCCCUACGCCUCGCUGAUCGACGCGACGCUCGUGACGCUCUCUCGCCUCUUCGAGGGCAUGCCGUCCGGCCUGUGCAUCGCCUCCACCGACAGCAUGCUGUUGCUUCCGCAAGACGUCGCUGCCGACGCGUGGCUCGACCUCCGCCACAGCUGCCUCGUCGCCGUGCCCUCCACGCUGCAGCAGGCGACGCACCACGGCGCGACGCUCGGAGACGCGUGCGGCGACGAGGAGCCGCUGCUCUACACCGGGCUCACGUUCCUGCGCGCGCCCCUCGCCGAGAAGCUGCUGGAGCUGCACGGCAGCGCGCCCCUCGACGCAACGGGUUACCUCGGCAUCGACUCGGGCGCUGCUCCGCUGCGCCUCGAGCUGUGGAGCGACCUUCUGACGCCUCUCUGCGACGCGGCGAGCGAGGACGACUACUGGUCGCGCGACGCGCGAGAGCUCGGCGCCGCGGUGCUGCAAGCGGAGGGUGGCGGCAGCACCGCCGCCGGGUGCCUCGAGUGCCACCACUGCGAGCUGCGCGCAGGCGUGGGCGUGGGCGAAGGUUGCUUUGUCAGCGGCGUCUCCACGCUGCGGGGCGGCUGCGAGCUGCCGCCCCACACGGCGCUGCUCGACACGACCUUUUCGGUGGAGGUGCUGGAUGAGCUCGAGCGGAGCGCCGCCGUCGCCGCCGCCGCCUCUCCCGCGCCCGGGCACGCGACGCCCUUGCGCCGCUACUCCUCCGCAUCAGCCACCUUUGGCGUGCCGGAGGGCGUCGCCCUGGCGGAGGAUGGCGCCGCCGACGCCGCGCGCCGCGUGACGCUCGUCUUUGGGCUGCACGACGCUCUCAAGGCGCCGUGUGGCGGCGGCGGCGCCACCUUCCUCGGCGAGGAAUGGAGCGCCUUCGUCGAGCGCGUCGGCGCGCAGCUGCUCGAGCUGCUCAAGGUGCUGGACGACGUCGCCGCUGACAGCGCCCACAACAUCCCGGUGGCCACCAAGGCGCUAGCCACCAUCGCCGACGCGCUCGCCAUGUACGCCGGCCCCGCGGGCGGCCUGCGCUCUGGGCCCGCGUCCAACCCCUCCUUCCGCGCCGCCUUCGAGGCGCUGCAGCCGUCGGCUCUGCGGCUGGAGGAGGCGGUAGAGCUGCUGGCGGCGCAGCGCGACCGCUGGCUGCAGCAGCGCCGCGCCGAGACCAUGAUGCGCGCCGCGCGCCACUACGAGGGAGCGGUCGCGCGUUGCAUCUCCAACGGCGUCCUCACGUGCGUCUGCGCCACGAAGGCGACGCAGCCGCCGUCCUUUGGGGAUUGGGCUGUCUCGGAGGUGCCCUCACGCAUCGACCUCGCGGGCGGCUGGAGCGACACGCCGCCGCUGUGCUACGAGCACGGCGGCGCCGUCGUCACGGCCGCGAUCGCCAUCGACGGCGCGUGCGCGCUCGGCUGCCGGGCGCGGCGCCUGCGCGAGAGCAAGAUCGUCAUCUCGAUCGAGGGCGCGCAGGCGCCGCCCACCGUGUGCACGCAGCUGGACGACCUCAACGACUACUGCUCGCCGCUGGCGGCGGGCGCCCUCGUCAAGACGGUCCUCCUCUUUUCGGGCUUUGUGCGGCUGCGCGGCGAGGCGCCGCCGCUCGAGCAGCAGCUGAUCGACGCGGGCGGCGGCCUGGAGGUUGUGACGUGGUCGCGACUGCCCACCGGCUCGGGCCUCGGCACCUCCUCUAUCCUGGCGGCCGCCAUCAUCGCCAGCGUCGGCGCCGUCCACGGCGUCGCCUACGACAAGGCGGACCUCGUGCACGCGGUGCUCCUCGUCGAGCAGAUGCUCACCACGGGCGGUGGCUGGCAGGACCAGGCUGGCGGCGUCUACCCGGCGCUCAACAUCUCCUUCUCGCCGCCCUCGCUGCCCCUCACCGUGCGCACCGAGGCGCUGCAGCUGCCCCGCGAGGCGCUGCAGCGGCUCGACGCCCACCUCGCCCUCAUCUACACAGGCAAGACGCGCCUCGCGCGCAACCUCCUGCAGGAUGUGCUACGGCGCUGGUACUCGGCCAACACCGCCAUCGUGGCCAACGUCGACGCGCUCGUGGCCAACGCGCACACGAUGCGCGAGGCCCUCCUCGCCGGCGACAUUGCCGCCGUGGGCGCCUCGCUCUCCGCCUAUUGGGAGCAGAAGAAGCUGAUGUGCGACGCAGAGCCCGCAGCCGUGACGCGCAUGCUGGCCAAGCUGCGACCGCUCAUUCACGGCGCGACGCUCUGCGGUGCGGGCGGUGGCGGGUUCAUGGCGCUCAUCACGAAGGAGCCCAACGCCGAUGCCGCCAUCGCCGCGGCGCUGCGUGAGGAGGAGUGCGUGCUGCACCGCGUCAACGUGCACGAGCGGGGCCUUUGCACGUGGUUCGAAAAGGCGGACGCGCCGGCGGCAGAGGAGCAGUGAGCAGCGAGACGUCGGCGUGGAGC